UAAACAACAAUAAAAAUGUGUGCGAAAAUUAUUUUGUUCUUGUGCCCGCUACUUUCGGCGUCUGCGAAUUCCGCUUCGACAUACGAUCAAAGGCAAACAGGAGAUUUGAAUGUUCAAGUGGACUUAAAGGAUUUGCGGAUUAUAGCACUUAUGAAAGAUACAAAAGAGGAGUACGUGGAUUACGAUUACGCGUACGAUUAUUCCGAAAUGACGAUCAAACCACAAAACGGUACAACACCGAAACCGUUAAACAAUUCAAGUACAGCUACUGAGACUGAUAAUAGUACAGCAACCACAUUGAUUGUAGAGCAGACGAGUUUGCCCAUAAAAAGUAACACCUCACAGAUCCCGGAAACCACUGAAGUUGCAUGGCACCAGUCGGUAAACGAUUCUACAACAACCGUUAAAAGUAUAGAACCAGUUACAGUCACGACAGAAACACCAGCUACGAUGAAUAACAAAAAUGAUACUACUUCGAUUGGCACUCACUGCAGGAAAGGCUUUGUGGUGAAUAAGAAAGGUGAAUGCGAGCUAAAAUUACAGGGAGCCGGAAAUGCGUUGUUGAAGCUGGUGAAAUUAUCGCAAAAGCUGAAGUUAAGAAGAGAAGAUCGGAGAAACCAAGGAGUUUAAAAUGUAACAAGUUCGACAAUUUUGUAACUAAGUAUAGUGUAGUUGUUAUAAUUUUUGUAAUACCUAAUGCAAUAUGCA